AUGCUCCAGACUACUCCUCCGUCUACCUCGACAAGUGAAGCCGUUCGGUCCAACUUACUUAAGGAGAACCUUGUCUAUGUUAAGGAGUCUGAAGUCUACAGUAUCUUUGAGACCACCUUCGUAGUUGGCCGAGUCUACUCCGAGGCUCAGAUCAUUCAAGAGCAGCUUUACUACCAGGUCGAGAGCGGAACAAGGCUUACUGUCUUGACUGUUUUCCUCUCCCCCAGCGCCAACCUGAAAGAUAUCAUGGGUCCUUACUUGACACGUAUCGACCUGGCGGCACGGCACAGAUUCAUCUUUACGAAGUCUGGAGAAAGUCUGGUCAUCGGGAGAUUCAACGCCCAGGACUACGUCGAGUUGCAGAAAUGCGAUCCCAUCCUGCAGGACGCCCGUUUCAAGACUCCUACCGAAAUCUACGUGUUCUUUGAAGACCGCGACUGCCUUCUUGUUUCUGGAGAUCCCGUUUUCAGUUUUCAAGGUCGCUUCCAUCUGUUGCCCCCGUAUGGAGGUGAAUCCGAGUCGAAAAGCGACUAUCAUGCCUCCAAAUCAGAUGGCGCCUCUGCUGAGCACGCUGACGCAAGUGGGAGCGACUCCUGUUCCCCCGCUUCGGACGAGGCCGAAACGUCGGAUACUACAGCGGCGUCUGAACAAGAGGGCGAUCAUGAGGAGAAGAAUCUUGAUCCUACCAGCUCUAGUUCUGGUGAUCUCCCCUCUAAAGACAGCGAGUUAUUGGGCACUAUCGCGGAACCCGCGCCCGCCAUCAUUCAACACCACGUUGAUAGCUCCUCCGGUGAUGGUCAGCUUACCAUUGAAGCUAAUCAAGAUUUGGACCUCCCCAUUUUGAUCGUGACAUCUGCUGACCAGACUCCCUUUGUUUUUGCAGAUCUUGACAACGGCCCUUCGAGCUCACAAUGCAGCCCUCGAGAUGGAUCACCUCGAACUGUUGUCUGUAUCGCUUGUCACGCUGCUUCACCCGUUUGUAUCCACAAUGAUUAA